AUGGUUCGCAGCAGUAGAAGUCAAAAGUAUGACAGCUCGGCCGAUCAACGGCUGCCUUUAUUCCAUUCUCCACCUUCGAACCAGGUUUUUUUAAUGGUUAUCUGAAACUUUUUCGUUUAUUUUUCUGAGUUUUUUUUCACUUUUUCUUCCAGUACAAAUAAACCCUCUCAUGAUCCAUUUUGCAGCUCAAAACGCCCUAAGGAAAUUUGUUAAUAGUAGCCGGUGCAUCUUAUUAAUAUUUGGGCACUGGCUUUUUUUGACGUUCUCAUAACUUUUUUGAUUUUUCUUCGAGAAGGAUGAGUGAAAUUCGAAUUUUCAGACUCAGUACUUGACAGUUCCAACUAUGGAGUCUUUCCGAGGAGCGUGCACAGCUCGUGAAGAAUCAUUGAUGGUGGAAUCUGAACCUUCUACUGUAUUCUGGUAAGGAGUCCUGUUUUAAAGGAAACGAAUCGGAUUCAACGUGUUUUGCCAAUUUUGGCAUUAAAUAGCAAUUCCAAAAGAAAUUUUGACACAUGAAAAAUUGACCGUGGCCCACAUUUUUCGGAAAAUCGUGUUAAGUUAGCUUUUAUAAACAUUUUUAAUAGUAUAAAACAUUUGAAAAAGUUCUAUUUGACUGUUAUUAGGCGUUUUUCUGUGAUACCACUUUACUUUUGAGCAGAACGAAUUGAGGAACGACAUUCCGCUGUGCCGCUGUGCGUUUUUGCAAACUUUGGUCGUGCUUUGAAUUUUUUUAUCUUUUUAUCAAGUUACUCUACUUUCAUAUGCUCCCAUAGCAAUAACAAUCAAUUGAAAGCGUGACCCAGAUUCGAAAAACGCUUCGCGAACACACGCAGCGGAACAGCGGAAUGUCGUUCCGGGAAAUUCCAAGUCGUGGCACACAAACUAUAAUAUAUUCAAAAUAGUUUUAACUUAAGCUGACUGUAAAAAAAGUAAAUAAAAAGAAACUAUAUUUGUUUUUGAAUUUUUUUGUGAAACGUUUCGUACCCAAUCCUAAAUUCAAUGUACCUUCGAAGUAUUUCACUAGUCUUUUUCCAGCAUGAAAGCUUGCGGUUGCAUCGGGAUCGUCUUCCUUUUCUGCUUGCUGACUGUCUUCGUGUACGCCGUUCUCAUCGCCAAGUACAGCGCUUCUCCCAAUAUGGGACAGGGCAACUAUUACGUUGUCGAUGAGGAUCCUGAGCAAAGAUAA